UGUUCUACCAUUUGCAUCUUGCUGGGCCGGCGGCGUGCGCGAAAACCAUUACCACUGAGAGUCAGCCCUGUUCCAUCGUGUUCAACGAAUAUGCCUACUUAAAGCUGGCAGCCGCGACUGCCCGCUUAUUAGUGCGAGUCUUUGUCUUUCCGUGUGCACAAACGAAGUAAAGCAACUGAUCCUCUGUGAUCCACCUGGUGUCUUCUUCCACCAUCGACUCGUUCUGAAACCCAGUACUUCCUCGGCCUACCUCGAGCCGGAAGGUGAGCCGUUAAAAAUCUGUUCCGCAACAAUUUUCCUGGUCGAAGCGUAGAAGAAACACACACUCCAAGAUGAACAAAGUGGAUUACAUGGAGGUCACUGUACCGAACUACUCAUACGUCUUCAAUUUCGAGGAGACGUUCAGUCAUCUCGACACGAAAAUAUGGAUGACGAACAACUGGACGAACGGUUUCUAUUACUGCGGCAUUUACAUGAUUCUGGUGUUCGGUGGACAGCAUUACAUGUCGACCAGGCCAAAGUUCGAGCUUAGGGGCAUACUCUCGCUGUGGAACACGUUGCUCGCGACGUUCUCCAUCAUUGGAUUCACCAGAACAGCACCAGAAUUGAUCCACGUACUCAGGAAUUAUGGGUUUUACCAUAGUAUUUGUAUACCUAGCUUCAUCGAGCAAGACUGUGUGUCCGGAUUUUGGACAUGGAUGUUCGUGUUGUCGAAGCUCCCGGAACUUGGCGAUACGAUCUUCAUCGUUCUGAGAAAACAACCACUGAUCUUUCUCCAUUGGUAUCACCAUAUAACGGUGCUACUGUACUCUUGGUUCUCGUACAAGGAGUACACCGCGUCCGCGAGAUGGUUCGUCGUGAUGAACUAUUUUGUCCAUUCGGUGAUGUACUCGUACUACGCCCUGAAAGCGAUGCGUUACAGACCGCCUAAAGGGAUCUCGAUGCUGAUCACCACGUUGCAGCUGGCGCAGAUGGUUAUCGGUUGUAUAAUAAACAUCACCGGUUACCAGUACCUGGAAAGUGGCCAGAUCGAAUGCCACAUCACGCGUGUAAACGUCAAGUUCAGUCUGGCCAUGUACUUCAGCUACUUCGUGCUGUUCGCGAAGUUUUUCCAUAAAGCGUACAUCGGCGGCAAGCGAAGCGCCAAAGUCGAGAAAAAGCACUAUUCCAAUGGAACGGUGGAAUACGAGAAGCUCAAGGCUAAUUAAAGAAAAAUGCACACCUAACCUAAAAACACAAACACAGAUGACAGAUACGUCACACAUCUAUAUACCGCAGAGACAAAUUUUUGGAAACAUUUUCCAGAGAAGCUUACCGAGAAGACAUUUCUUGAAAAUGCUAUCUGAAAAAGGGUGUUCUUUUUUUUUUCCCCCUGUAAGAAGACAUACUUUUGGGGAAUGCUUUUCUUCGAAGAAAAAGCUCCUUGAAAAUGUUUUUCUUCCUUUCUUUCUGGGUUUUCUUUUUAGAAGUCUUUGUUAAGAACUAAGUCACAAACAUAUACAUACAUACACACGCGCCGACGUUGUGGUAGGGUGAGAGUGGAAGAACAAGCGUUACUUGAUGGUAAAUAGCACACUGAAUUUUAUGAUAAUAUUACAUGUUGCACACUGAAUUUAGUAACGAAUUUAAAUGAUAAUCCCGUUCGACGUGGUUUAUAACGUUGGACGCGCGUUAUCAGCUGUGUUAAGGAGCUUCUUAGAGGCACACUUUUCUUGAAAAAUAUUUUUUCGUUUUAGAAACAAUCUCCGAAGAUGUUUCCUUGUAAACAUUUUUUGGGGCGUCGGAGGGAGAGACGGAGUGGUUGCGGAGUUCAUAACCAUGUUGCAAAAGCUUUGGUAGAACGAGGGCGUGUAGAGACGUAACGUUUUUUUUUUCAGUAAUAAUACGGUAUGUUAUAUAAAUAGAUUAUUUAAUGUUGAAAAGAAUCGUUUAAUCCUGGAGAAUAUGUUAAGUGGAUUUAACCCGAACAGAUUUGAUGUAUUUUCUACGGAAUUAAAGAAUUAUGUUUAACGAACAUAAAGAAAAAAAAAAUGUUACGCGUAUAUAGAUGAAUAAAGGUGGAUCGAUUAUAUAGCGAGGAAUAAACAUACCUAAAUUUUCCUUUAGAUCGUUUAUUGAUGGCUAGUAUAAAAUUUAUACUAGAAAUAUCUUAUAUGACGUAUCAAGAAUUGAUAUUAAAUAAUGAACAGCCUCGUUCUACCUUGAAUCUAACGGAUACAAAUUCGCUUUUGAAAAUGCUUGGAGCGAAAGAGAGACACACACACACACAGAGAUAGAGAGAGGGAGGGGGAGAGAGAGAGAGAAGGAGUGGUGUAAAGAGCAUGUCCACCGAAAUUUCAUUAGUUCUACCUCCGAUAUGAAGUAAGAAAUUUAUAGAAAAUAGUAAGAAUCGAGGAUAGGCACACAAAGAAGUGUCGAAUUGAAUGACAUUUGUAAAAUGCUGAAUUGUUAAACAAAUGAUUCGAGAUCGAACGUGACCAUUUAAACAAUUUAAAAGGAAAAAAAUAAUAAAGUAGGAAACCGAGAAUAUAGAGAAGGAUUUAUAUUUACUAUUUUCUAUCACGACUAUUUUGCGCCGCUAGUAUAAAAUAAACGCGCCGCUAGUAAAAAACAAACGGACUGCUCGCUGAUGUUUUUUCAACGUCAGGGCGCAGUCAGCUCUGCAGAGACGUUUAUUCUGUUCCCAUUUCUUUUUUUUUUUUUUUUU